AUGAUUUUGGCACAUGGAUUGACCUACAGCACGACUCUUACUGCUCGCGGAUCUUUCCUCGGCCCCAAGCGCAAAUUCAACGCUCUCAAGGCUCUCACCGCAAUAGAGCUCGACUUCCAGCUUCUCUGCCUCCGCAAAGCGCUCUGGACAGCUUACUACAUCGAGACCCAGUACAGCUACGUCCGGGAUGUCCUCGCAUUCUGCAUCCCUACCCUAGCCUACAUCACCUUCCGGAUUAGCUCCCCAAGCGGUGCGCAAGCCACGUUCAACAGCGCAAACAAACGUGCCACAUGCUGCGGUGCCGCAGUCGCACGCUACAGCCUCCUUGCCCUCGCCCUCUCGGCGUUUACCACGCACGCCUUCACAACGUUCGUGCUCGAUCUCUCAGUCGUCUCAAAGCCGAUGUAUCCUCCCUUGGUUUGCAGUAGACGUCGACUAGUAUCCAGAGCUGAAAGGAGGAAACCCUGGAUGAUGUCCAUUCUCUUCAUAGACUCGGAAGGCACGCUCGGCCUUACUAUCACGUUGCCUUUCUCUGCCUUGGCUGCGGCCUGUGCCGACAAGUGCCGAUCGCUGGUCUAG